AUGAUCACAGUACUCCCCCUCCUGGCGCCCGCGGGCGCGCGGGAGCCCGGCCCCGACCCCGAGCCCGCGCCCUCCGGAGGCCCCCGCGAGGCGGCGGCGGCGGCGGCGGCGGGGCGCGAAGACGCCGCGGCGUCCGAGGCGAGGCCGGAGCCUGGGCGCCCCCGCCGGGACGAGCCCGAGGAGGACGACGACGAGGACGACCUCAAGGCCGUGGCCACGUCCCUGGACGGCCGCUUCCUCAAGUUCGACAUCGAACUGGGCCGCGGCUCGUUCAAGACGGUCUACAAGGGGCUGGACACGGAAACCUGGGUGGAGGUGGCCUGGUGCGAGCUGCAGGACCGGAAACUCACCAAGCUGGAGAGGCAGCGGUUCAAGGAGGAGGCCGAGAUGCUCAAGGGCCUGCAGCACCCCAACAUUGUGCGGUUCUAUGACUUCUGGGAGUCCAGCGCCAGGGGCAAGAGGUGCAUCGUGCUGGUGACCGAGCUGAUGACCUCGGGGACACUGAAGACGUACCUGAAGCGGUUCAAGGUGAUGAAGCCCAAGGUGCUCCGCAGCUGGUGCCGGCAGAUCCUGAAGGGGUUGCUCUUCCUGCACACCAGGACGCCCCCCAUCAUCCACCGGGACCUCAAGUGCGACAACAUCUUCAUCACAGGGCCCACCGGCUCCGUGAAGAUCGGCGACUUGGGCCUGGCCACUCUCAAGAGAGCGUCCUUUGCCAAGAGUGUGAUCGGUACCCCUGAGUUCAUGGCGCCUGAGAUGUACGAGGAGCAUUACGAUGAGUCCGUGGACGUCUAUGCCUUUGGGAUGUGCAUGCUGGAGAUGGCUACCUCCGAGUACCCCUACUCCGAGUGCCAGAACGCUGCCCAGAUCUACCGGAAGGUCACCUGUGGCAUCAAGCCUGCCAGCUUUGAGAAAGUGCACGAUCCCGAAAUCAAGGAGAUUAUUGGGGAGUGCAUCUGCAAAAACAAGGAGGAAAGGUACGAGAUCAAGGACCUGCUCAGCCACGCCUUCUUCGCAGAGGACACGGGCGUGAGGGUGGAACUGGCGGAGGAGGACCACGGCAGGAAGUCUACCAUCGCCCUGCGGCUCUGGGUUGAGGACCCCAAGAAACUGAAGGGCAAGCCCAAGGACAAUGGGGCCAUAGAGUUCACCUUUGACCUGGAGAAGGAGACGCCUGACGGUGUGGCGCAGGAGAUGAUUGAGUCGGGAUUCUUCCACGAGAGUGACGUGAAGAUUGUGGCCAAGUCCAUCCGCGACCGUGUAGCAUUGAUCCAGUGGCGGCGAGAGAGGAUCUGGCCGGCUCUGCAGCCCCCGGAACAACGGGACCCAGGCAGCCCCGACAAGGCCAGGGGCCCACCUGCACCCCUGCAGGUCCAGGUGACCUAUCAUGCGCAGGCCGGGCCGCCGGAGCCUGAGGAACCUGAGGCAGACCAGCACCUCCUCCCCACCGCACUGCCGGCCAGCGCCACCUCCCUGGCCUCGGACAGCACCUUCGACAGUGGCCAGGGCUCCACGGUGUACUCGGACUCACAAAGCAGCCAGCAGAGUGUGGUGCUGGGCUCGCUGGCGGAUGCAGCACCGCCCCCCACCCAGUGUGUGUGCAGCCCCCCGGUGAGCGUGAGUGUCAGCGACGGCCCGGUCCUGCCCUACAGCCUGCCCUCUCUGGGGACCUACCAGCAGCCCGCCGCGCCUGGCGUGCCGGUGGGCUCCAUCCCGCCCCCAGCCCACCCUCCGCUCCCACAGCAGCAUUUCCCAGAGCCGGCCAUAAGCUUUGCCCCCGUGCCGACAGGCCCAGGCCAGCCUGCGCCCCCCGGCCAUCAGCCUCCUCCGCUGGCCCAGCCAGCGCCCCUGCCACCUGUCCUGGCCGCACCAUCCGUGGGCCCUCUCCAGCCGGUGCCCCCCCAUCUGCCUCCCUACCUAGCUCCGACGUCCCAGGUGGUGGCCCCUGCUCAGUUGAAGCCCCUCCAGAUGCCACCAGCACAUCUGCAGCCACUCUCUCAAGUGCCUGCCCAGGUGCCUCCGCUUCCUGUGGGGCCCCCCAUCGCACCCCUGGCCCCCAUCGACGGCCUCCCCGCAGCUCUCCCCGACCUGCCGGCCGCCAGCGGGCCCGCCGUGCCUGCCCCCUCUCAGUAUUUCUCUCCCACCGUCAUCUUGCCGAGCCUCCCGCUCAGCGCCGCUGCCGCCCCCCUGCCCGCAUCACCGGCCCUGCCUCUGCAGGCGGUCAAGCUGCCCCACCCCGCUGGGGCGCCGUUGGCUGUGCCCUGCCGGACCAUUGUGCCAAACGUGGCUGCCGCUGCCACCGCCAUCCCUCUGCUGGCCGUGGCCCCGCAGGGUGUGGCCGCCCUGUCCAUUCACCCUGCUGCUGUGGCCCAGCUCCCGGCCCAGCCUGUGUACCCGGCAACCUUCCCGCAGAUGGUGCCCAGCGACAUCCCACCCUCUCCCCUCCACGUGGCGCAGAAUGUGCGGGCUGCCCCUGCACAGCCGGUGCCCCCCACCCUGCCGCAGCCCCACCAGCCAAGCAUUGCGCGCCUUCCUGAGCAGGCUGCUCCGGCAGGCGGGGCGGGAAGCCAGCGUGUAGGAUGUCCACCUCCUCCAGAGCUGCGGAAUUGGGGUGACUGUGGUUCCACCACCGGGCCCUUCCGAGGGUCAGUUGCAGCUGCUUGUGGUGGAGAAAAUGGGGCCGCCGGGCUGCGGCUUCCGUAUCUGACCCCACGCACCAUGUUGCUGAUCUGUCCCACACCGGAAGGGCCAGCAGCGGGCCUGCCCGUUGCUGACCUCAUCCCGGAGAUCCUGCUUGGCCACCCGCCUCCAUAUGCUGCAGAUGUCACCGCCCAGGUCCCCGUGGCGCCUGCGCCAGCCACCAUCCUCUCCCCACCUCUGCCGGAGGCGUUGCCGCCCGCUGUCCCCGAGCUGCCUCAGCUCCCCAGCUCCUUGGCCCCUGCAGUGGUAGCCGCUUCUCAGAGCCUGCCCAUCCAGACCGCCCCACUCCUGCCGCCUGCUACCCGCCCACUGCCGCCCUCUGGGCCCGGGAUUACCAGCCCCUGCCCGGCCGUGCGGCUGACGGUGGAGCCGGCCCCAGAGGAGCAGGCCUCCCAGGACAAGCAGCCCGGCCCCCCGCAGAGCUGCGAGAGCUACGGAGGGUCCGAUGUCCCCUCCGGCAGAGAGACGAGCGACAGCUGUGAGGGGGCGUUCGGCGGGGGGCGGCUGGAAGGCAGGGCCACCCGGAAACAUCACCGCCGGUCGACACGUGCGCGCUCCCGCCAGGAGAGAGCCAGCCGCCCCCGGCUGACCAUCCUGAACGUGUGCAACACGGGCGACAAGAUGGUGGAGUGCCAGCUAGAGACACACAACCACAAAAUGGUGACAUUCAAGUUCGACCUGGAUGGGGACGCGCCCGAUGAGAUUGCCACCUACAUGGUGGAGCACGAUUUCAUCCUGCAGGCUGAGCGGGAGACGUUCAUCGAACAGAUGAAAGACGUCAUGGACAAGGCAGAGGACAUGCUCAGUGAGGACACAGACAUCGACCGUGGCUCUGACCCUGGGACGAGCCCACCGCACCUCAGCACCUGCGGCCUGGGCACCAGGGAGGAGAGUCACCAGUCCCAGGCAAAUGCCCCUGUAUAUCAGCAGAACGUCCUGCACACAGGGAAGCGGUGGUUCAUCAUCUGUCCAGUGGCUGAGCACCCAGCGGUGGAGGCCCCUGAAUCUUCGCCCCCACUUCCUCCAAGCUCUGUGCAGCCAGAGGCCAGCCAAGAUACCGCGCCCUGUAAAGACCAGCUGUCCUUAAAGGAAAAGUCCAGCUUCCCAGCAAGUCCGCAGCCUCUGAGCCAAGCAGGCCCCAGGGACAUCCCUGGUGGUGCCCCAGCCCCUUUGGUGCCACCCUCCCCUCCUGUGACUGCUCUGCCCCAGGACACGGCUGCAGCAGCUGCCAGCCCCAAGUCAGAGCCAGCAAUGGGGACUGCUGUGCAGGCAGGGGGUCCAGGGACCUCUCAGGGGACAGCCAGUGAGCGCGAGACCCCCCAGCCACUGGCAGAGACUCGAGACACCCAGCUUGCUGCACAGCCUCUGGGUGCGGGCGGAGGGCCUUGUGCCCCACCUCUGGAGGCCCCCCGCUACCCCACAGGUUUGGGAGAGCCUGCCUCAGCCAGGGAGGCCACUGCCCAGGGCGAGCCCUUGCGGGCUCCGGCCCCUGCACCCAGUGCCCCCAGUGGGACCCCUCAGCCUGCCCUGGGCCAGCCCCUACCCCCGCUCCCCCCUGUGGUGGGGGCCAUCAGCUUAGCCACCCCCCAGCUCCCCAGCCCGCCCCUGGGGCCCACCGUGCCCCCCCAGCCACCCUCUGCCUUGGAGUCAGAUGGGGAGGGGCCGCCCCCCAGGGUGGGCUUUGUGGACAGCACCAUCAAGAGCCUGGACGAGAAGCUCCGAACUCUGCUUUACCAGGAGCACAUGCCCACCUCCUCAGCCUCGGCUGGGACCCCUGUGGAGGUGGGGGACCGAGACUUGACCCUGGAGCCCCAGCCUGUGGUGAGUCCUGGCCCCCCCCGGGGUGGCGGGCUCCCUAGGCACGCAGAGCUGCCGCUCUUGGCCCUGACUGUCCCAUUCUCAGAGGCCCACCCCCUGGGAAAGUCAGAAACAGCUCCGGGGCUGGGGGCUGCGCUGGACCAGGCUGGGUCCUCGCCAGUGACAGCUCCCAGUGCUCCCCAGGUAAGGAGUGUUCUCUGGGACGCCCAGCUGGGCGGUGGGCUUUCCUCCCUGCUGGUGCGUGGUGAGAGCUUUCCCUUUCCACGCCUUCUCAAGGAUGUCCCUGCGCCUGCCUUCCCUGCACAUCUGGAGCCCGCAGACCGCAGCGGUGGGCUCCCUGGGGAGCCCUCAGCCCAGCCCACACCGAGCAGCCUGGGGACAUUGACAGAAGACGGCCAGACCGGCCACCCCCAGGUGCAGGGCAUUCUCACCUCAGAGCCCCCCCGGAAACAUCCAGGGCAGCAGGACAGCAGCUCGCCAGCCAAAACCGUGGGCCGGUUCUCGGUGGUCAGCACGCAGGACGAGUGGACCCUGGGCCCCCCCCACAGCCUGCGGUACUCGGCACCCCCGGACGUGUACCUGAAGGAGGCCCCCCACAGCCCCGACGUGAAGCUGGCUGUGCGGCGGGCGCAGACAGCCUCGUCCAUCGAGGUCGGCGCGGGUGAGCCGGUGUCCAGCGACUCUGGGGAUGAGUGUCCGCGCAGGAGGCCCCCCGUGCAGAAGCACGCCUCCCUGCCCAGCGGCGGCGGCGUGGCCAGCGACUUGGUGAAGAAGGCCACCGCCUUCCUGCACAGGUCCUCGCGGGCCGGCUCCCCGGGGCCGGAGACGCCCAGCAGGGUGGGCGUGAAGGUGCCCACCAUCAGCGUGACCUCCUUCCACUCCCAGUCAUCCUACAUCAGCAGCGACAACGACUCGGAGAUUGAGGAUGCAGACAUCAGGAAGGAGCUGCAGAGUCUUCGGGAGAAGCACCUGAAGGAGAUCUCGGAGCUGCAAAGCCAGCAAAAGCAGGAGAUCGAGGCUCUGUACCGCCGCCUGGGCAAGCCGCUGCCCCCCAACCUGGGCCUCUUCCACACGGCCCCUCCCGCCGGCCGCAGGAGAAAGAGCAAGAGCAAGCUGAAGGCAGGGAAGCUGCUCAACCCGCUGGUGCAGCAGCUCAAGGUCGUGGCCUCCAGCACAGGUCACUUGUCAGAAUGCAGCAGAGCCCCUCCUGCUAAGGACCCUGCCCAAGCCGGGGCAGGGCCCGCGGCAGCUUCAGACCCGUGUGGGAAGGCAGUUCAGACCCAGCAGCCUUGCUCCAUGCGGGCCUCCCUGUCUGCAGACAUCUGCUCCGGCUUAGCCACUGACGGAGGCGGAGCGCACGGCCCAGGCUGGACGGUUUACCACCCAACGUCUGAGAGACUGACCUAUAAGUCUAGUAGCAAACCUCGCGCUCGAUUCCUCAGUGGACCCGUGUCUGUGUCCAUCUGGUCUGCCCUGAAGCGUCUCUGUCUAGGCAAAGAGCACAGCAGUCGGUCCUCCACCAGCAGCCUGGUCCCGGGCCCCGAGCCGGGCCCCCAGCCCACCCUGCACGUCCAGGCCCAGGCAAACAACAGCAACAACAAGACAGGCACCUUCACGGAUGACCUGCACAAGCUGGUGGACGAGUGGACGAGCAAGACAGUGGGGGCCGCCCAGCUGAAGCCCUCGCUCAACCAACUGAAGCAGACGCAGAGGCUGCACGGCAUGGAGGUCACGGCGGGCUGGCCCCCAGCCGCGAGCGAGCCACAGGCCAUGAACGCCCCUCGAGCAGCAGUGGGGACACCAUGUCUGACCCCAACGCCCAGCCCUCCAGCCACCGCGGCCAUUCCUGGGACCACCCCAGCCCUGCCCGUGCCAGGGUCCUGGGGGCCCUGGGCGGCCCAGGUGGGCAGCCAGAGCCCCAGGCCCCGGCUGGGCUCGGGUGCAGCAGGUGUGCCUGCACUGCCGGUGUUCUUGAGGCCACCUGUGGUCAGUGCGCCUGGCCCUAGACUGCGAAUCACGUAG